AUGGAGCUCACCGGGUCAGCGAUGGACUCGUCGAAGCGGAAGAGGAGCCCCUCGAUGGGUAGCAACAGUGGCCCAGGAGCAGGCGCCGGUGCAGGCGCAGAUGCAGCUCCAGCACCGAAGUCUGCAAAGACGGGCCACCAGCUGAGCAUCAACUACCUCGCCCGUCAAUCGCACGACGAUCUGCCAUUAAUCAACAAGGAGGACACCCUACCGAACCUCCUACAUCUGCUAUCGGCCUACAGCAACAUCCUCGAUCGACACGAGUCGCUGGCCUCGAACUUGGGCGCCCGACCGCUCGGACCGAUACUGAUCAAGCGCUUCGAACGCUGCUUCGAAACACCGCCCAAGGUCGUCGCUACCCACCAGAAGCACUCGUCGAGCAACCUCGAGGAUGCAUCGCAGAUCACCUGGCUCGACGUCAUUGAGUUCGCCCGCUCGCACCCGAGUCAGUUCACGUUGAGCACCUUCUCAGAGGGCAAGCGCGUGUGUCAGUUCUACUACCCACAGAGGCAGUUGCGCGUGCAGAUCAGCGAGGAAGACUUCUUGUUCAUCAAUAGUGGACGAUGUCAGGAGCUGAUUCCGCCGCUACCGAUCUGGGAGGAUGAGGAGAAGGAAGUGGGAACAUGCGAUGUGCUGGAAGCCAAGCUCAAGGAGCUCACGAAUGCGGCAGACAUGGUUGCGGCUCGGACUAGGCAGCUGAGCCAUCGGCUGAAGGGACGCAGAGCAGCAAUACUCGAGAGGAGAGCAGAAGGUGGGAGCGGGACACCAGCCAAAGCGAAUGCUGUGCAGACCACAACUGCGCCGCCCACCUCUGGCUCAAACUUCGUCGCUGUGAAUACGUCGAACGGCCCACAAGCCAGCGAUACUGUUAGACCAGAGCCUGUUCAGCCAAGCCUGGGAUCAUCUGCGGCCGUCAGGAACGAGCUAUUGCAACACUUUGAAAGCCUGCCACACAAUCAAGGGUCGGGCAGGCCACAAGCAAGACACCAUUCUGUUGUUGAGCAGCUCGCUCCUCGAGCCUCAGAGGUCACAAUCAACCAUCACGACGGUAUCGAUUCCAACGCCUCUUCGCUAUCGCCAGUACCACCCAACGCUUUUAGCAACGACAUCAUGCCUUACACUGCUGGAGAUAGCACAGUACAUUCUCGUACCCAGUCUGUCAGCCAUGUGACCACUCUUGGACAUCGGCCGUCGUCUAGCAUCGGCGCUCACAUGUACAAUGGCACUCACGCACCGCUAAAGCACAACUUCAGUCGCCCUUUGCCGCCUGCGCUCGAAAGCAGUCAGCCAUUCCGACCACUAUGUCAGGCUCAUAUGGAUGGCUUGCCUCGUGGUCAACGUGUGUUGCCUCCAUGCGAUCGUUGCCGGCGGUUACGCAUGGAUUGCGUGAAGAACUUGACUUCCUGUGCUGGCUGCACCAGAAAGCACGCGCGUUGUCAUUGGCGUGAUGUGUCGCGCGACGAACUUGGAGCGCUCGAUCAUGUGAUGGACUCAGCAUAUCCGCCAUCGAUGGGGUACUCGCCUUCUCGUGACUCCGCGCAGGGCAAUGGCUAUCUGAACGGAGACAGCGAUGCCGCUCGCAGCGAGAGUGGUGAGAACCGGAACGACGAUAGUGACGAAGACGAUAGCAACCCUUUGGAAGAUUUGGAAGCUCUGGAUGCUAAAGAAGAGCAGGAGAUGCAGAUCAGAGAGGACGAAGAAGGUCUGGCCAACGCCCGGCAACUUGCCAGACAGGGUUGGGAGGACGGCCAAGAUGGAGAUGUCGGCUUGGCGGGCGACGAGACGCAGAUUGCUAAGCCAGCAGAAAACCGAGUGCCAGACAGCACACUGCGGGACCGGCACGAUGACCGUGUCGAACAUGUCCAGGACACGCUGAGCCUCAGUGCUAAGCGACCAAGCUACGACCCAGUACACGACGAGUCGCACAAAGGUCGUUCCGAAAGUGUAUUUGCCGAACCGGGCGAUGCAGCAGAGCCCUUGAUCGUGGCGGGUGCUGAGUUGAAUGGCCAUUCUUCAGACCAUGCAGGCGGAUUUCAGGCGGUGAACAACAAUGCUGGCGAUGGUGUAACUUUGAGUUCUGGCUGGCGGGCUGUCUGA